AUGGAUAACAGAAGUUUCUGGUGUAUUGUGUUAGUGCUGUUCAUUGAAGUGACCAUUACUUUUGCACAGUCAGCUUGCAAUCAGACACACUUUGGAAAUGACUGUGCUAUCCCUUGCACUUGUAUACUAAACAAUACAGAAAAUUGUAAUGACACAACAGGAGAAUGUGCUUGCCUGUCAGGAUGGAAGGGCCUCAACUGUGAAACAGAUAUUAAUGAAUGUGACAAUGAGACCAUUUGUUCAGACAUUAAUUCAAUCUGCAUUAAUUUGAAUGGAUCUGCAGAAUGCAGAUGUGACAUUGGAUUUGAGACUGUUUCAGCUAAUAGAAGCUGCCAAGCCUGUAAUGCUACCCACUAUGGUCUGAACUGUGCCAACACCUGCAGCUGUAACCUAAACAACACAGUUGAUUGCAAUGACACCACUGGAGAAUGUUUGUGUGCAGCUGGUUGGAAUGGCACCACUUGUGAUGAAGAUGUUGAUGAAUGCCUUAAUGCUAACUUCUGUCCUGGUUACAUGGAAGUUUGCUUUAAUAUGAAUGGAUCAGUAGAAUGCAGGUGUGAGAUUGGUUCUCAGAGAUCAGAAGUGGACCAGAAUUGUCAAGCUUGUAACAGCACAUACUAUGGCUAUGAAUGCUCAAACUCUUGUACAUGCAUCAUGGCAAACACAGAAUAUUGUAAUGAUACUACUGGUAGCUGCACUUGUUAUUCUGGAUGGAAGGGCAUCAACUGUGAAACUGAUAUUGAUGAAUGUGAAAAUGAUACUUUUUGUUUAGACACAAAUUCUUCCUGCGUUAAUUUGAAUGGGUCUGCAGAAUGUAGAUGUAACCUUGGAUUUGAGAAUUCUUCAACUAAUGAAAGUUGUCUAGCCUGCAACGAGACUCACUAUGGCUAUGAAUGUGCAGUACCAUGCUCUUGUGUAUUCAAUAACACCGUUGAUUGCAAUGACACCACAGGAGAAUGCUUGUGUGCAGCUGGUUGGAAUGGCACCACUUGUGAUGAAGAUGUCAAUGAGUGCCUUAAUGCUAGCUACUGUCCUGAUUACAUGGAAGUUUGCUUUAAUAUGAAUGGAUCAGCUGAAUGCAGGUGUGAGAUUGGUUUUCAAAGAUCAGAACUAGAUCAGAAAUGUCAAGGUACUUGA